UUAUUUUGCAGGUUUACCUCCUUUCCUUUGCUGUCCAGUGGAAUAGCAGGAUGGAAAGGCUAAAAGUGGCGGAGAAAAAGGGCAAAACGACAACAACCACCGUCCCACGCCAAAUACAGUGCAUGAAUGACCACGCUGAGAUCCUGUUUGGCAAGGAUCAUCUCUUUUAGCCAAACUUUGUCGCCCCCAUGCAGCCACCUACCGAAGCUGAAGAGGAGGAGCUACUCGGCGUCGAGUUUGCUUUCUCCCAGUCUUCAAAGUCCUUUUCAUCAAAGGCAUAUUACAUGGAAAAAGCCGAAGAGGAGCAUAAGGCUGAAGACGAAGAGGUUGACAAGAAGGACGAAGACGAAGGCAUUGAAGACGAUGCAGCCAAUGAUGCUCCUGUAAUUUCAGCAUCUAGCCACAUGGAUGCCGUCAGCGCUCACCACACCGUCCUGACGAAGGAAGAGCAAGUCAGAGAGGAGAUCAGCCCCGUUAUGCAGGAUGUCCUGAUGAGCAACCGCCACUUACACUUGCCUGGUUUCGAGCAAAUUGAAGCCCUCGCCUUGCAUCUGGUUAAGCUGACAGAAGGGAGCAGCAUCUUAUCCCAGCAGAGAUAA